AAAACUGCUGCUUAAACACCUAGCUCCCUCUGUUCCUAGUGCUGUGUGCAUGAUUCUGUGAAUGGAUCCUAGGGCCUCACAAAUGCUACACAAGUGUGACACUCCCAACCCUGUCCCCAGCCUCCCAAGUCCCAGUCUUCCAAACUGGGGAUCCUGUCCCUCCCUUCCUUACUGGUCUGACCUCCUCAGUGCAACACAUCCAUCGCCAGCCCUGCUUGUGACUGCUUCUCCCCUCCAAGGCCUCACCACUCCCCCUGCCCGUGUUCGGCUCCGCUGUUACACCUGCAGCUUCGCCAAGCCCUGCGACCCUGUUCCCAAGGAGUGUCAGGACGACGAGGCUUGUGGCAUCAGCACUGGCACCUCAGGAUACGUAUUACCAGCCCCGUGCCCUGGAGAAGCAUGCAGACAGCAUCCUGGCGCUGGUUACUUGAGUCUGUCCAAAGUGGUGCCAUUUUCUCACUAUGCGGGAACGCUGCUGCUGCUGCUGGCCGGCAUCGCCUGCCUCCGAGGCAUCGGCCGCUGGACCAACCCCCAGUACCGGCAGUUCAUCAGCAUCUUGGAAGCGACCCAUCGGAACCACUCUGCAGAAAACAAGAGGCAGCUCGCCAACUACAACUUCGACUUCCGGAGCUGGCCUGUGGACUUCCACUGGGAGGAGCCCAGCAGCCGGAAGGAGUCCCGGGGGGGCCCUUCCCGCCGUGGUGUGGCCCUGCUUCGCCCCGAGCCCCUGCACCGGGGAACAGCGGACACUUUCCUCAACCGUGUGAAGAAACUGCCCUGUCAGAUUACCAGCUACCUGGUGGCGCACACGCUGGGCCGCCGCAUGCUGUACCCUGGCUCUGUGUACCUGCUCCAGAAGGCCCUCAUGCCAGUGCUGCUGCAGGGCCAGGCCCGGCUGGUGGAGGAGUGUAACGGGCGACGAGCAAAGCUGCUGGCCUGUGACGGCAAUGAGAUCGACACCAUGUUUGUGGACCGGCGGGGGACAGCCGAGCCCCAAGGACAGAAGCUGGUGAUCUGCUGUGAGGGGAACGCGGGCUUCUACGAGGUGGGCUGCGUCUCCACACCCCUGGAAGCUGGCUACUCUGUCCUGGGCUGGAACCAUCCUGGCUUCGCAGGAAGCACAGGGGUGCCGUUCCCACAGAACGAGGCCAACGCCAUGGACGUGGUGGUCCAGUUCGCCAUCCACCGCCUGGGCUUCCAACCCCAGGACAUCGUCGUCUACGCCUGGUCCAUUGGCGGCUUCACUGCCACGUGGGCAGCCAUGUGCUACCCGGACAUCAGUGCCGUGGUCCUGGAUGCCUCCUUCGAUGACCUGGUGCCCUUGGCCUUGAAGGUCAUGCCUGACAGCUGGAGGGCCCUGGUGACCAGGACAGUGAGGCAGCAUCUCAACCUGAACAAUGCAGAGCAGCUGUGCAGGUACCAGGGCCCGGUGCUGCUGAUCCGGAGGACCAAGGACGAGAUUAUCACCACCACGGUUCCGGAGGACAUCAUGUCCAACCGAGGCAAUGACCUCCUGCUGAAGCUCCUGCAGUUCCGGUACCCCCGAGUGAUGGCCGAGGACGGCCUCCGUGUGGUGAGGCAGUGGCUGGAAGCCUCCUCGCAGUUGGAGGAAGCCUCUGUGUACAGCCGCUGGGAGGUGGAGGAGGACUGGUGCCUGUCGGUGCUGCGUUCCUACCAGGCCGAGCACGGCCCCGACUUCCCCUGGAGCGUGGGGGAGGACAUGGAGGCAGAGGGCCGCCAGCAGCUGGCUUUGUUCCUGGCUCGGAAGCACUUGCACAACUUUGAGGCCACACACUGCACCCCUCUCCCAGCACAGCACUUCCAGAUGCCCUGGCACCUCUAGGCACUGCUGGGACUGGUCUGGAAGCAGAGGCGGUCUGUGGCCUGCGUGCCGCUGUGGAUGGCCCGUGGCUGGGGCCGUCCUCCCCACGCGCUCCGUGCACGCUCCCUUGCCACGCCCUGCAUUAGGUGAAUGCGUUGUUCCUAGUAAUUAAUAAAAAGUAUUUUUUCUACUGUC